ACCUCUACGAUUCGCACACCUCUACGGUUCGCACACCUCUACGAUUCGCACACCUCCACGAUCCGCACACCUCCACGAUUCGCACACCUCUACGAUUCGCACACCUCUACGAUUCGCACACCUCUACGAUUCGCACACCUCCACGAUCCGCACACCUCCACGAUUUUCACACCUCGACGGCCCUUACACCUCGACGGCCCUCACACCUCGACGAUUCUCACCCUCUCACGACCUCGGCACCAACAUUACGAGUCCACGACAUAA